AUGGCGUCCGUCUUCCUGGGAGACCUGAACGACUACAUCCAGCCGUCGCAGGCGUGUGUGAACCCGCUGUUCACGUCGGACUCGGUCCAGCCGGAUGCCGCCGGCGCGCAGCCCAACGGCCUGGCCAAGAUCACGCUGCAGACGGAGCUCUCGGCCGCCGACCUGGCCGUGCCGCAGCCCGUGAAGCCCAACAUCAUCCGCACCACGACGCAGGAGAAGGCCACCAUCUCGCUGGACGACUGCCUCGCCUGCAGCGGCUGCGUCACGUCCGCCGAGACCGUGCUGAUCUCCCAGCAGAGCUUCAAGGAGAUGCUGGACGUGCUCGCCGCCAAGAAGCACAAGCACGUGGUGGUGACGCUGUCGCCGCAGUCGCGCGCGUCGCUGGCCGCGCACUUCGAGAUGCCUGUCGUCGUGGUGCACCGCAAGCUCGUGACGCUCUUCCGCAACCUCGGCGUGAACCUCGUGAUCGACUCGACGUGCAGCGGAGACUUCGCGCUGCUUGAGUCUCGCGCGGAGUUCCUGCACAGAUACCAUAACCAGCAGAAGACCGUUUGGGCGCGGCCGCCGUCGUCUGUGGCCGUCUCGUCCGCCAAGACGGAGUAUCUGGAGCCCAGCACUUCGGCCAACCCGCUGCAAGACCCGCUGCGAGCGAUGCCUAUGUUGGCCUCGUCGUGUCCCGGUUGGAUUUGCUACGCGGAGAAGUCGCAGCCCAAUGCCAUCCCGUUUAUCGACACGACUAAAUCUCCGCAGCAGAUUGCGGGCUCGAUCAUCAAACGCUUCGUGAGUGGCGAGCACGGUGUUGCGCCGAGCGAAGUCUAUCACGUAGCGGUGAUGCCGUGUUUCGACAAGAAGCUGGAGGCAUCGCGGAAGGACUUCCAGGACCCAGAGGACGCGACCAAGGACGUGGACUGCGUGCUCGCUACGACGGAGAUCAUCGAGCUGAUUGAGUCUCUCAACGUCGACUUUGCGUCGCUUGAGCCCGCGAAUCUCACUCCUGAAGAGGUCAUGCUGAGCGGAAUCUCUGAGGAUGGAUCGGUCGUAUUGGGUAGCAACGUGAACGCCAGCUCGGGAGGCCACCUGGAGCACAUUUUCCGCUUUGCUGCGAAGGAGCUCUUCAACGUGGAGGUCACCGGCCCGCUGGAGUACGUGGCUGGUCGCAACCCCGAUUUCCGCGAGGUUUCGCUGGUCAUUGAAGGGAAAGAGGUGCUGAAGUUUGCAGUCGCCUAUGGUUUCCGCAACAUCCAGUCGAUUAUGACGAAGAUCAGGCGAAACAAGUGCCCGUACCACUACGUCGAGAUCAUGGCAUGCCCAAGUGGUUGCCUGAACGGUGGAGGACAGAUCAAGCCCAAAUCGACCCUUCUGGCAUCGGAGCUGCUCGACAACGUCACGAGUCGCUUCGAGGAGCUGCAAGUGCGCGACCCGACUGCCAACCCCGCGGUGAAUUACGUGUACGAAAAGUAUCUGGGUGGAGUGCCAUUCUCCGACGCAGCGCGUGCAGUACUCCACACGCAGUAUCACGCAGUUCCGAAGAUGGAGCAGUCCAACCCGUUGGGCAUCAAAUGGUGA